AUGGCUGAAGUUCCCACCUUCAAGCUCGUCCUCGUUGGCGACGGCGGUACCGGCAAGGCACGUUCAUCUCCAACUCUCGAUUUCGCAUCGUCCGUCGACCUGCGCAUCCGUCACUUGACUGGAGAGUUCGAGAAGAAGUACAUCGCCACUCUCGGUGUCGAAGUCCACCCUCUUGGUUUCACCACCAUCCAGUUCGAUGUUUGGGAUACCGCAGGUCAGGAGAAGUUCGGUGGUCUCCGUGACGGUUACUACAUCAACGGCCAGUGCGGUAUCAUCAUGUUCGAUGUCACCUCGCGCAUCACCUACAAGAACGUCCCCAACUGGCACCGUGACCUCGUCCGUGUCUGCGAGAACAUCCCCAUUGUUCUCACCGGCAACAAGGUCGAUGUCAAGGAGCGCAAGGUCAAGGCCAAGACCAUCACCUUCCACCGCAAGAAGAACCUCCAGUACUACGACAUCUCGGCCAAGUCCAACUACAACUUCGAGAAGCCCUUCCUGUGGCUCGCAAGAAAGCUUGACUUUGUCGCCGCCCCCGCCCUUGCUCCCCCAGAGGUCCAGGUCGACGAGGCUGUUCUCAAGCAGUACCAGCAGGAGAUGGAGGCUGCCUCCAACAUGCCCCUCCCCGACGAGGACGAUGCCGACCUCUAA